GGUACGACGUGUGAUGUUUUUCCAUAUGUAACUCAUUUCUGGGAGGCGUCAACUACACUGUCGAUCGUAGAUCGCUCCAUAACGGCAAUACCUCUCGUCAUAAUUAUUUUGGUACAAAAUAAAACAUCCGUUUAAAUGUCACGAGAGAAUGAAUCGUGUAACCGGUCGAAAAAUGAAACCUGCGUUAAUUAUAUGGUGUUGCUUAUGUAUAACGAUAACAAAUUGUGAUAGAAACUUUAUUACAAAACGGAGUGUUCUUGGAGCCAAUCCGAUCGAAAAACCGGUUGCGGCGCAACCAGAAGCGGUGCGUUCUCCGGAUAACCGCGAUCCGAUAAAACACGAUUCGGAUCUCGCAAGUACACAAGAACAACAUAAAAAUCAUGACAAAAGUUCUGAAAAUACUCUGAACAAGAGCAAAGAGAAUGACGUUGAUAAUCUAACCAUAAAAAAUUCUGGAAACGACAAAGGAGUUUCUAAUGUGAAGAACUCGAUCACCACAUCGACAUCAACGCCAGUUCUACCGAAACUUCCAUCGAACACCUCGAUACAGUCCGUGAACACCGGAGCUCUCUUACGUGGUGUUUCAGUCUUCUUCGGACUCAGCAUCAUCGUAAUGGCUUACAUUAUCUUCCGAUGCAUGAGGCUCAAUAAAAACCGCACACAAAUGGUUCGAAAGUAUGGAAUUCUGGCGCACCGGCAAGAUGUUGAAAUGAGGCCGUUACCACUGGAUGACGAUGAAGAAGAUGAUACAACGGUAUUUGAUGCUAGUGAAGUGGUAGCUGUCCAUAAUGAACAACGGAGAAGCACAUGACAGCAAGCUCUGUUAUAAUUUUGAGUGUGUUCGUACAUUUGGAAUAUUCUAUUAACAUCGCUGAUCACUGAAUCUGCGUAUAUAUAAACAUAUAUUGAUACAUGUGUGUAUAUAUACUUAUAUGAACAAGUGAGUUACGUAUAAAUAUAUAUCAAUACAUGUGUCUAUAUAUACUUGUAUAUACAAGUGAAGAAACACAUGAGACUGAAUUCGUCAUGUUAUUGACAAAGUGAUUUGUGGAGAUAUUGCAAUAUUAUAAACUUAUUUUGAUGUCCUGUUGGCAAAGUUAUGCUUCUUUGUAGUACUAGAUUUUGAGUUUUCUAUCCUUCAGUAUAAACAAAAUGUCUUACGAAUCGGUCGUCAAAUAUCCUCCACUAUUGUUAUUAAAAUCUCUAAAAACUGCGAUAACGUACCCACAAAAAAGCAUUUUCUAUUAAUUUUUUUAUUUUGAUAUCUAGUUUGAUCAACAAUGAUUAGUAUUUUGAAUACUGCUCUUCCUCGUUUAUUAUGACUAAAAGUUGUAUUAUAAGUAAUUAGUUGAGAUGAUCUAUAUUUUAUUUAAUGCAAUGGGUUCAAUAAAAAUUUAAUUACAAAAAUUA